CCGCUAGCACUGCCCCGGCACCCGCCUGCCUCUGCCUCCCUCCUCUCGGCGGCUCGCCGCAGCCCGGGGUCUGUCGAGUCAAAGCGAGGAUCAGGUUCCCUGCCUCCAGUAUAAAAAUCUCAGGGAAGAAAUCUCCAGCGGGAGAGAGAGACGGGGAGAGGGAGGAGCGGGGCGUGAGUCGGAGGUCCGUGGGGAAGCGGAGCCGCGGCGCCGACAACACCCGCAGCACCAGCAGCACCCGCCGCACACCGGGGACGCCCGCGGCUCGCCCCUUACAGCUGCGGGAGAAGCGCUUCUUGCCGCCCGAAAAUGCUACAGCAACAACAGCAACGUCGAAUGUUCACGGCUGCUCUCCUGGCACUUGUCUUCAUUCUGGCAGCAGUGAGUACCACUGAGGCUGGAAAAAAAGAGAAACCAGAGAAAAAGGCUAAGAAGUCUGACUGUGGGGAAUGGCAGUGGAGUGUCUGUGUGCCCACCAAUGGAGACUGCGGCCUGGGGACACGCGAGGGCACUCGCACUGGAGCAGAAUGCAAACAAACCACCAAGACUCAGAAGUGUAAAAUUCCCUGCAACUGGAAGAAGCAAUUUGGAGCAGAGUGUAAAUACCAGUUCCAGGCUUGGGGAGAAUGUGACUUGAAUACUGCCUUGAAAACUCGAACUGGGAACCUAAAGAGAGCUCUUCAUAAUGCUGACUGCCAGAAGACUGUCACAAUCUCAAAGCCCUGUGGGAAGCUUACCAAACCCAAACCUCAAGAAUCCAAGAAGAAGAAAAAGGAAGGCAAGAAGCAAGAGAAGAUGCUGGAUUAAUGGAGCCGACUUGGGCAAUGUGAGAAAGGGACAUCAGCAAACACGAUCGGUUAACAGUUUCAUUUAUACCUAGGCAUUCUAUCCUAAAAUUAUUUAUAGCUUAAUGGUACCAUAGAAGGAAACAAGCAAACAGACAAAAAAUAUCCUUUUUUAUUACUUCAGUAUUUUUUAAUGUAUAACGCUAACAACAAUUUCUAGAGGCCUGUGAUAAAGGACUCCAAACUCAUUUAGAGAAAAUUCUGUCUACUGCAUAUUGAACAGUGUAGAGGUUUUUAAAAUACUUUCUUUUCUCAAGUCUUGCUGUAGGUCUCAGUGUUGAAACUACUCCAUGCAAGCAGAAUCUGAACCUGUGUAGAGCCCUGCCUAACCCAGUGAUACCUUGUGUGGAUGCAGGAGUCUGGUUGGGUGCAGUUAUAUUUAAAAUUAGGACCGUAUAUCUGAAACAACUAACACUGUUUCUUAAGUUGUUUUCACAUCAGUAUAACUGUAUGAAGUUAUUUGUUUAAGGAGAGCAUGGGGGCAUUUUGUUGAGCAUUUGCAGGCAAAGAAUUUUUUUGUGUGUGAUGAAUGUUUAUUCUUAACUGUCAUAGUCUGGGUAAAAAACAGUAGUGUUUGUUUCUUGGUUCCUGGCAGUAAAAACUGUAAAAUCUUUCAGUGGUUUGAUAUAUCAUGGUCCUAAAUUUUUAGGAUUUUGUAGAAAAGAUACUUUCUACAAAAAUAUCUAGGUGGCAGGAUAGCAAAACUCUUUUUCCUCUUUUACCAUAUUGACACAGGUGAAUGAUAAUGUCAUCUGUUUUACCUGCAAAAGGACAAACAUGCUUUAUUUCUUCCUUCCCUUUUAAUUUUUUUUUUUUUUUCCAAAAUGAAGAAUAUCUUUUACAUAAAAAUUUAAUUGCAAUUGUUGCUAUUCUGCCUGACCCAACUCUCUUCUGUAUUAGUGGGAAUCUUCCUGUUGAUUUUAACUCUAGCUGGUUGAAAAUAGAAAUUAUGUCUACUGAGAAGUAACAGAACAAAUCAGCUUAGAAACUGUCUAAGAUGGCUCAUAUUUCUGACCAGAAAAGGGACAUUUUAUGAGAAUUGAAACAAAUAAGAAUGCAAUUAAUUUUUAGUUUUAUUCAUCUAUAAGUAAAUCAGAAUGAAAAUAUCAAGAUGGUACCUUUUGCUUUUUUCCAUUUUUAAAUAAGUAAGAACACCUAGGAAAAUCUUAGCCAUAAAGAUAGAUUUUUUCUUUUAAUUUUUUUUUUUUUUAAUUAACUCAAAAAGGAAAAGAAAGAAAAUAUAAAACCUGUUGUU